AGGAUACGGUGGAUAGUUACUCUUCUAAUUUUGGCAGGAACAGCAAGUGUUCAUGGCUCCAACGUCUGCACGUCCAGAGGAGCCAGUACAUGCAAACAGUGUCUGGCUGUUCACCCCAGUUGUGCAUGGUGCUUCCAAGAGGACUUUGGACAAGGGCCGGUUGGUUCAUCCCGCUGUGAUCUGAAAAGCAACCUGGUGGCGGCGGGCUGUGCUCCGUCGGCUGUUGAAUCUCCCACCAGUAAACUGCAUGUGAUUGAGGACCGGCCGCUGAGCGACAAGGCGGCAGGCUCCGUGCAUGACGUCACCCAGAUCCAACCCCAGAAACUCCACAUCACCCUCAGACCAGACGACUCCAAGCGCUUCACUUUGAAGGUGCGUCAGGUGGAGGACUACCCUGUUGACCUCUACUACCUCAUGGACCUCUCCUUCUCCAUGAACGAUGACCUUUUCCGUCUGAGGACACUGGGCAGGGGCCUGGCUGAGGCCAUGAACCGCACCACCAGCAACCUGCGCAUGGGCUUUGGAGCUUUUGUGGACAAGCCCCUGUCACCCUACAUGUAUAUUUCCCCUCAGGAGGCCGUCAGGAACCCCUGUUUCAGCAUCAACAACACCUGCCUGCCCCAGUUUGGCUACAAACAUGUUUUGUCUCUGACGGAGGAAGUGGGACGCUUCACUGAGGAGGUGAAGAAGCAAAUGGUGUCUAGGAACCGGGACGCCCCAGAGGGGGGCUUUGAUGCCAUCGUCCAGGCUGCUGUCUGCAAGGAUGAGAUAGGCUGGCGUCCAGGUGCUUCCCACCUCUUAAUCUUCACGUCGGACGCAAAGACCCACGUGGCUCUGGAUGGCCGCCUGGCUGGUAUCGUGCAGCCCAACGAUGGGCAGUGCCACCUCAACUCUGACAAUAUGUACAGCAUGUCCACCACCAUGGACUACCCAUCUUUAGCCCUCAUUACAGAGAAGAUGUCGGAGAACAACAUCAACCUCAUCUUUGCUGUCACCAACCCGGUGGUCCCUCUGUACCAGAACUACAGUGAGCUGAUCCCAGGCACCACUGUAGGAACGCUGUCCAAUGACUCCGGGAAUGUUAUUCAGCUCAUCCUCAAGGCCUAUGCUAAAAUCCGCUCCAAGGUGGAGUUGGAGCUGCUGGGGGUUCCAGAGGAGCUGUCCUUGUCCUUCAACGCCACCUGUCUGAACGGGGAGCUCAUCCCAGGCCUCAAAUCCUGCUCCGGACUGAAGAUAGGCGACACGGUCUCUUUCAGUGUGGAGGCUCGCGCCCGUGGUUGUCCCAAGCAGAAGAAGAAAACCUUCAUCAUCAAACCUGUGGGUUUCAAGGACUCACUGUCAAUCACCGUCACCUUCGAGUGUGACUGCAGGUGCCAGAAAGCAGCUCAGCCCGACAGUCCCAAAUGCAACCACGGCAAUGGCACCUACGAGUGCGGCAUCUGCCUCUGCCACCCUGGCCGCCUCGGGCCGCGCUGCGAGUGCGCUGAGGGUGACUACAGUCCGGCAGACCAGGAUCGCUGUAGUGCCCCCGCUGGUUCUGGAGGCAUCCAAUCGAUUUGUAGUGGCCGUGGAGACUGUGUGUGUGGCCAAUGUGUAUGCCACAGCAGUGACUUUGGCAAGGUCUGGGGCAAGCUGUGCGAGUGUGACGACUUUAAUUGUCUACGCUACAAGGGGGAGCUGUGCUCAGGCCAUGGGACGUGUGACUGUGGGUUCUGCCAGUGUGGGCCGGACUGGCAGGGUGAGAACUGUAAUUGCUCCAGGCGUACUGACACCUGUAUGUCCAGCCUGGGCUUGCUGUGCAGUGGGCGGGGUCAGUGUGUGUGUGGUGCAUGCGAGUGCACCCAACCCGGUGCCUACGGGGCCACAUGUGACAAAUGCCCCACUUGCCCAGAUGCCUGCACCAUGAAGAAGGAGUGCGUGGAAUGUAAGCACUUCAAGAGGGGCAAGCUGUUUGAGGACAACACGUGCACUCGAAUCUGCAGGGAUGAGAUUGAACUAGUGGACGACAUAGAGCUGCAUGACACGAACGCUGUAAAUUGUACUUAUAAGGAUGAAAAUGACUGCGUGGAGCGUUUUCAGUACUAUGAAGAUGCCAGUGGCAAGUCCAUCUUGUUCGUCGUCAAAGAGCCAGACUGCCCUAAGGGUCCAGACAUUUUGGUGGUGCUUCUGUCAGUGGCGGGGGCCAUCUUGUUCCUUGGGUUAGCAGCUCUGCUCAUUUGGAAGCUGCUUGUUACCAUCCAUGACAGACGGGAGUUUGCCAAAUUUGAGGAGGAGCGAGCUCGCGCUAAGUGGGACACGGGACACAACCCUCUGUACAAAGGCGCUACAUCCACCUUCACAAAUAUUACUUACAGAGGCAAAGAUUGAUGCUGCUGAACAUUUCAGAGCCAACGACAGAGGAUCAAAUGAACGUUAACAGUUCUUUCUGGAAGGCCACCAAAUCAUGUGCAGACCUCUACUGUCACGAGACGAUAUUUAAGAAUUUUCUGUAAUUGUAAAUAUGUAGAAAUGAUUCAGGACACAUAUUCUAAUGGAUUUAGCAUAGGCAUCUAGUGCAACAACAAGGAUAGGGAAGAUGAUCAUCAUUUUGGCUGCAAGUAGACUGAGAAUCUUUUUUUUAUUUUUAUUUUUUCAAUGGACUUGACAGAGGGGAGGGUGCAGGCAUGUUUUAGGUUAUGACAUGAGGCAAAGGGCAGAUAAUCGGAUGCAAAAAAAAAAAAACCAACCCAUCUUUUCCUCAUCGAGCUGUUGUGAUUUCCUGUUUGUGGAACUCACUCCAAAUAUAGCAAGAUAAACUCUCUUUGGGACAGUCGACACUCAGGCAAGUGACACGCCAAAGAUAUAAUGUGGUUUUGUAGGACCUGUCAUUUUAUGCUGAGUAAACAAUGUACAGUUUUCUGGGGAUGAAAUACUGUAAGUGGUUCCUUUCAAGCACAACUUUGUUUAUAAUAUCAUUGCACUUAGUCUUGUAAAACACCAUAUUUGAGCUGUUCCAGGUUUCUGUCAAGCAAUAUGAGAUGUAGUUUCAUAUUUUAGCGUAAUUUUGGUGAAUAUAAGAGGAGUCCCAUUUUGAAGUGAGAAAAGCAAGCAGCUGGACCAAAAUCUAGAGUUUUAUUCCCAAAGUGGUACAAAGAUAACAUUAUGAGCAAAACAUUGUGUGAUAAUGUUUUUUUUUUUUUUUAAAGGCCAUAUACUGUUUCGGAAAGAAACUCUUCAAAUGGAUCAUUUAUGUCAACUGUUUUUAAAGAUAUAAUAGUGACUACUAUGCAGCUGGUGUGGUUUUGCAUUAUCAAGGUUUAUCUUGGAAUCUUGGAAUCUUUGUGUGUUACUUGCUAAAUGAAACCCAAUGCCCUUCGAGUCUCAUUUCAAAGUGAACACUGAUCAUUUGGACGUUUUAUAGCUGGCACAUUCAGUUAAAUAAUGCAUUACCUGCCACAUUUUCUUGUGUUUAAAAUUCUUUUAAAUAAUGCCCAUCAAUUCCUUUAGAGGAUAACCUUUAUUGAAUUCUGCAGACAUUUGUGUUUGUAUAUUUUGCUUGAGUGUGUGUUUUUAAGCUCACGGCGUUUCGUUACAAGCUUCAUUUUUCGCACAAGAAGUGUGCUCAGGUUGCAUAUCACUGACUCUCCAGACAAUCAUAUCGGGCUAAACUGUUCAAUGCAGACAUUGCACUGCAGAAGAGCGGGGCUGUGAUGUGUUAUAACGUGUCAACAGGGAUUUUCAAGUAAAUGAUCUAUUAAAUCAGUCCAAA